AUGUGUGUGGACGUCACAGGAGUUCAAAGAGUUGCCAACAUAACGGCUGAGGAGUUCGAGGAGCGCUUCGCAUACAGUCCUACGCCCGUAAUAGUCACCGAUGCUACUGUUAACUGGAAAGCUAUUGAAGACUUCAAUUUCGAAUUCUUCGCGGAAUUCUAUAGUAACGGCAAAAUGGGGAAAAAAAUAAACGAAUGCUUUUUCUUCGCGUACAAGUCUGGUCUGAAAUCGCUUCACGAAGUGAUCACGAUGGAUGCGAAACGUGCGAAUCUCUCGGGCGACCCCUGGUACGUCGGCUGGAGCACUUGUUACGACGAGGAAUCGAGAAAGCUGAGAGAAUACUAUAACAGACCAUAUUUCUUACCGAAGACUUCUGAAAGCGAUACCGUGGAUUGGAUCUUUAUGGGUGGACCUGGCCAAGGAGCACAUAUGCACGUGGACUCGGUGCGGCACGUGUCAUGGCAGGCGCAGGUUCGCGGCCGCAAGCUGUGGCAGCUGGCGCCGCCGCCCGAGUGCCUCUACUCCUGCCAAGCGUUCUCCUUCACCGUGCAACCCGGAGAAAUAUUGGUGGUGGAUACGAACCGUUGGUACCACAAGACAAACGUGAUGCCAGGCGACAUCAGCAUCACCAUCGGAGCUGAAUACGAUUGA